GUGCAAUGUUUGCCAUUAAAUUGUUCUUUGUAACCGUUUUGUUUCAAACCAUUUAUUGUAUUGAAUCCGGAGUAAACAUUUGAGUUUAAGAAAAGCACAAAAAACAUUUCUCAUGUUUCAAACGACGUCGAGCAAAGUAUACGUGUAAUGAAUCAUCCUUCGUAGACAUAGCAUUCAGACAUACUGUGCAGUUAAAAAAAUGUUAUUGAAUGUUUGUACUUUUUCUUUCUUGUAGACUAAGCUUUCACUUAUGUGUUGUUCUGCUGUCGGAUAAAAAAAGAAGAUUUUUACCGUCUGCUUUUCUCUCUGACUGCUUGUUGAAAGAUUUGAGCUGUGUUUCACUUUUGAAAAAACGAACGUACACUGAACAACUAUUUUUAACCACAAUCUAUGUAGAAUGACUUCGUCCAAAAUGCAUGUUGAUACAAGUAUCCUUUCUAAUAAUGUCACAACAUAUAAUAAUUAUAAAGUUUAUGAUAAAAUUUGGAGGUGGUGCAGUGAAGAAGUCUUCAAGUUUUUGUUGAUAUGUACACUUUUUCUUUUUUUGUCAUUCACCCUGAUGAUGACCCUUGAAUAAAGAUCGAAAGCUCGAGUAGUGUUUUAAGUGAUAACUUGAACAUGCAUUUUGUCGCAGUGCUAUACUUCUUACUUAAAUCAAUUUUAUGAUAUAGUUAAUGAUUAAGUUGGCGAAGAUAUUACCGAUUUGUUGAAAAUUCAAGCUAGACAUAUUAUUCCAUCAUUGUUAAAUAUGGAUGAUAUGCGGUCAAGAUAUUCUGACUAGCUCAGUUUGUAGGGAAUUUCAAAAGUUUUCGAUUCAUUUGUUAGUCUCCGUGAAUGUAAGAAAGAUGAGAGAUGUAGCGUUUACUUAGCGUGUUGGGCUGAUUUGGAGGUUGCCGAUGUGAAUGUUAUUCAAGAAAUAUCAUCAUCAACACCACUACCAAUAACAAUAAAUAAUACUAUAAAUACUAAUACAACAGCAUCUAUACCAAUACAACUGUUAUCAUCAUCACGAACAACAGCAUCAACAGAAGCUGCUCAUCAAGCAGAUGAUCCCCAGUUAAUUCCAAAUGAAGAUUAUGAAUUACUGCUAACAAAUAUUAAAGGUGUAUAUGAAGCCAGGACUAUAUGUAGUUGUCUAACAUCAUAG